UCACGUUCUCGCCGCCGCCGCCGGCCGCCACGAUGCUGCGGUCGGUGCGCCACUCCGUCCAGCGCCUCUGCUCCACCUCCGCCGCCGCCGCCGCCGACGCCGACGCCACCAGCCAGCCACCGGCCACCUUCCUGGAGAUCGCCGCCAGGGCCGCGGCGAACAUCCUCGGCGACCCGCGCUACGAGUCCCGCCUCCUCUCGCUCCUCCCCGGCGACCUCCUCUUCCACCCAGACUGCGUCCGGCUUGCCCUCUCCCACGUACUGCCUUCCCCUGACCACUCCCUCCGCUUUCUGCGCUUCCUCUCCUCGCACCUCCCCGCUCCCGCGCCCGCUCCCGACGACGCCGCGGAGGCGCCCUCGCCGCCGCUUCCCGGCGUCGACGGCUUCCUCAUCCAGCUCUGGCCACCCGACGCCGUCGACGCCGCCGAGGUCCUCGCCUCGCGCCUCGGCCUCCACCCCUCCCUCGGCGUCCUCCACUGCGCAAUGCGCACCGCCCUCCGCGCCGCGCGCCCCGACCUCGUCUUCCGCCUCUUCUCCGCCUUCUCCUCCUCACCGGACUUCCCGGGCGACGCCGCUACCGUAGCCUUCCUCGUGCGCGCCUGUGCCGCCGACGGCCGCCCGCACGACGGCCUCCGCCUCCAACGCGACGGGGCGCGCCGCGGCCUCCCUCCCUCGCUUGACGCCAUCGCGGAUCUCGUCGCGGCCUUUUCCGCCGCCGGUAACUUCGGCAAGGUAUCCGAGACGCUGCACCUCAUGAUUGCAGCGGGCACCGUCCCAGACACGUUCAUCUACCAGCGCAUUAUGCACGGGCUGUUUGCACACGGGCUGGGUAGCGAGGCCCUGCGCGUCUUCAACGACAUCAAGCUGCGAGGUUACCACAUCGAUGCAGUCACAUACACAACGGCGAUCGACGGUUUGUGCAAAAUGGGCUGCAUAGACGAGGCGCGGGGUGUCUGGAGCGAGAUGGUGGGCAAAGGAAUGGAGCCUAAUGAGCAUGCAUAUUGCUCCCUGCUCGACUACCACUGCAAAGCUGGUGAUUUCGUGAUGGCUCACAAGGUGUAUGAUGAAAUGCUCGGGAAGGGUUUAAAGGAGAGUACUGUCAGUUGUAACAUUAUGGUCACAGGGUUUUGUGUCCACGGGAGAUUGGACGAAGCGCUUGGGAUGUUUGAGGAAAUGGUUAAAAGGGGGAUUCGGCAUGAUGUGAUUACUUACAACAUAUUGAUUCAGGGCUUAUGCAAGGCUGGGAAGUUGGGUGAUGCAAUACAGGUGUACGAGCAGCUACUGUCGUCUGGUUUGGAGCCAAGCGUGUCAACCUUCACACCGCUCAUUGACACUAUGUGUGAGGAAGGACAGGUUGAUUCUGCAACUGAAUUUCUUAAGCUGAUGCAUGCUAAGGGCUUGGUACCAUUGGUGCGAACCAAUGAUAGUAUCUUAAAUGGGUUCUGUAAAGCAAGGAGAGCUGAGGAUGGCAUGGCAUGGUUGGCGGGCAUGUUAAAGAACAAUCUGAAACCUCGGGAACAAACAUUCAAUUCCUUGGUGGAAUUGCUGAGUUCCUCUGGGCAGGUGGAUGAUGCACUGUUAGUCCUAAAUUUAAUGCUCAAAAUUGGACAUGAACUAGGAAGCUUGGCUUGUACUAUGCUUGUCGAAAAGCUAUGCACAGGCAAGUUAUUUUACUCUCAUGAGUUGGAGAAUAUUUUGGCAACAAACUAGUAGCAACCAGUUUUUUUGCUAAUUAUGGUCAUGUUUUCUUCGUUUCACCCAAGAUUGAUGCCUCCUUGACAACAAUGUAUUUGUUGGCGCUGUCUUGGAAAGAGAGCAAUCUGUUCAUUUGAAGAUUCUGGUGCUCAAGAUAUUGAUGUUGCUGUUAACGGCUAACCUUUGAUUCAUUUAUAUUUUGUAACUCUGCAUUGUGCCAUUCCAGUAAAUCCUUGAAGGAGAUUGUGCACACUUGCAGUAUUUUAGAGCAUGAGUCAAAAAAGGUGGCUCAUCAUUCACAAAUCAGAACCAUCUCAAGGUUCAGAGUUUUGAGCAAUGCAAAAUGUGUGUACCAAGCACUGCAACAUCUUUGUGUCAUGAUACAGUGAUCAGGCUCAGUGCAAGUUUGGUAGAGAAUUUUAAGGGUCCACAAAUGAAAAUCUAGAUAGUUCUUUUUCUAUUGAAGGUCAAGGAGUUAAGGACUCUAUUCUGAACUGAAUUAUCAGUGUUCGCUACUUACAACUGUUUCUCCAAUGGCCCAAGCUGGCAUAAUCCCUUGCUAUUGAGGUUGGCUCUUGUUGACAAUUUCUGCAUGACCAUUGCUGAGCUUUUGGAUGGAUCAUAGUCAUAGUCAAGAACUCAAAAUGUUUUAUGCGUUGAAGAUGAAUGGGGUAUGAGCAUUUCACAGAUAACCUGCUUCCAACCACCUCUGGAAGUUAAAUGAUCUUUCAGAAAGUAUUGAAGAAAUGAUGUGUUAAAACAUUGGUACAUUUUUCACCCUGUGAGCAUAUUCGAGCACCUUGUCGGGUGCCCUUGUACAUUUCCACCCUGCAAGCAUUUUAAAUUGCAAUAAAUUGAUUCUGAAUUGAACCCCUUCAACAAAGGAACUGGUUUUUCUGGCUAAUGGUGACUACCAACAUGAAAUGUGAAAUGCUGAGCUACAUUAUCAACAUGUUAUUGUGUAUGGUAAAAUAUUACAAAGAAGGAUGCAAAACACUUCCUUUGUCUGUUGCUUGUCAUUUCCCUAAAGAACAAAUUCGGGCAAAUUGAAAGUAUGAUCUCAUUAGUUCAACAGAGUACACAAGGGAAAGAAAUAUAAACUACUCUAGGAGUACCAUUCUCCGUGACCUCAGGAAUCCCAGUCUGUGUUCAUUGCUGCACGGACAGCACGGUUUGAAUAUAGGUACCACAACCACAACCCUAGCUGAGGCUGCAUGAUUUUCAGUUGAACUUAAUCAGGACGUAUGUGGCAUUUUCUGACUUCUGAAACAUUUUUUUAGCUCGUGGGAAACCACCCACCUAAGCAAAACCUGUACGUAGCAACCUGCUUGACCAGCAGCAGAGCUCUUUUUGUUCCUCCUCCUUAGCUGGGUAGAAUUCUUGAUAAUGCUACUGAGACAGCUCGUGUAAUCAAAACUGGCAUGUGCAUUGCAUCACUUCCAUCAAC